AUGGACCCUACUAUUCGGAGACAAUUUUUAGAAUACUUGCAAAACGAGGUGAAUAACAUUGCUCGAGACUUAUUUGACUUGCUGGAGGAAGGUGGAGUUCGCUUUGUGUCUGAGAACAAUCGAAUAUUCUUUGGACAUAUGGUUCAUGGGCAUUUAAAUUUGGCCAAUCGUGCCAUUGACAUUGUUCCCUUGUUGCGUCGAGACGAAGGAGGAGAGCCUGUCUUGGCCCCGUUUGUGGAGGAACCUGUGGAGGAACCUGUGGAGGAACAACAAGGAACUCGACGUAAUCAACGUGUUGAGGAGGUUAUGACGCGCCGACUAAUCCGACAUGACACGGAGCGAUAUCUGACGAGGUUGACUAAAUGCUCCAACAUUAUCAGCAACAUGAUUCGUGGAAAUGGGCCUGGUAAUCAGUUCAAUGAUAUGAUGCGAUCCAGAAACAUUGGGCAAUACACGACUUUGUUGAUAAACAUGUGUUUUGUUAUGAACGAUAACACUAGCAAUACUCGCGUGUUAAAAAAUAUUUUUUGUAUGAUGAUGCGCGUGAUGUAUAACGAGUUUACGCGAAGAUUGGUUCUAGGAGGGCUUGCGGCCAGACGAUUGAUGAUCCAAAAUGGCAUUCCAGGACUAUCAUUUACGGCGAAUUUGAACCGCGGUGACCGCGUAGAACGUGUCCAUGAAGAGGUAGGAAUGGCUGAGGUGAUGGCAAUUGAACUCCUGACUAUAAGAAGCUACAGGGGUAGUUUUUGGACUUUUGAAGAGGAACUGGACCUCUUGUUGCAACACCCAUUGGCAGAUUCCCUACAAAAUCUGCCUAUUCCGGCAACCCAAUGGAUUACGGAUAACAUGAGAGCGCAGUUGACCAGGGUGACUGACGUGGAGGUCGCAUUGACGGCGCCCAAUGGGAUUUAUGAGCAAAACAUGGAUAUGAAUAAUUUCUUUUAA